AUGCAAUGCAUGGUAGGAAACCUUAUGUAUAACGUUCGCCAACCAGGUGCAAAGCCAGUAUUUCCAAUUACGUUCAUCGAUAAGCUCAAAAUAUUAAAUGACAGAUUUGUUGUCCCGGUACAGCAAGAUCUAGAUGAAUUUCUUCAAUUAUUGCUCGUCCGAAUGAUCAGUGAUGGACAGCGAUGUUCUUCAUGUCUUCAAGUUACCAACAUGCUAAGAAAUUCAACCAGCGGAUCAGAAGAUUUAACGAUUAUCGAUCAUUCAUUCAAUAUGAAAUUAGUAACGGAUUGUAUUUGUGAAAAUAAGACAUGCGGUUAUGUAUCCAGAAGUGAAAAUACAUCUGAGAAUAUAGAUCCGCACGUUCACACUGGCCAGACCAAUACUUCUUUGUGGCCACAGGCGCAACCUCUUGGCAAACGAAAAGGUAUAAUAAAUUCCGCCGAAAAUAUAUCAACAAAAAAUAUGGAAUCAGACGACAAAGAUUAUACUACUCAAUCCACAACAAACAGUUCCAUGAAUUUAGACGCCGCAACAUUUCCUGUUAAAAGAAAGAAAAUUGAUGAAGCAUUUGUUCCUGUACGCGACGAUCAAGAUUUGGAAGUGUAUGCAAUUAAACCUGCCAUAAAUCAAUGGAGCAACGAUUUUCCUGACGAAGCAAGCGGAGAAGACGAAGUUUUGGAAGGAGACGAUAUUUUACAAAAUAUUCCGAUGCCGCAAAAUGAGAACAGAAAGAAAAUACCAGUCACUCGGGAGUUUGAAGAUUCAGGACAAAAUCUACCAUUUCAGAAUUUACCUCAAAACGACCAAAAAGCUGUUAUUGUUCGGCAGGUGAAUUUAUGA